AUUUGACUUUUGCCAGCACAAAGCCCAUUCCGCUACACGAUAAAACACGAUAAACACUAAAUACAAUUUGUUUAAAAAGUUUACAUUUCUUAAGUGACUUUCAGCCAGUCCGGGAAAUAAAAUGCUCAUCCCAGAAGUGGACAUGUGGAAUGUGUCCAAGAGUAGCCGGAUACACCGUCUGACAAUCUUUAAAUGCGACAAACCGGGACUGAAAGUUCUGGACUACGCCUCAGUGCGAGGAGUUGAUGCGUUUUACUUGGACUGCCAGGACUACAGGGAUCAUUUCAAAGACCCUUAUAACAGGGUACACAAGCCAGCGAGGUUCAGGUCGUUUGGCAAUUGCGGCAAGAAGUUGGAUCCCGACGAUCAUCUCCUUGCCAUGCCGCCCUUGUGGGGCGUCGAUCGCCAGCCCAUCGUCUACCCGAUCGACUACCAUUCCGAUAUGGCACUAGGCAGAAGGGACUGCGAUCACAUCAAGGCAUAUUGCUCCCCAACCGAGAGCCUGAGCUUCAAGCGAUAGUGUUUUUCCAUCCACUGAAUUUCCACUGUUACUACAUAGUUUAAAUACAGUGUUCAGCAUUGCAAAACUUGCAUAAAUGAAAGAAUCUCCUCUGAAGUUAAUUUUCAAUAUACAAUUUUAAAUUUUAUCGAUGGCGCUGAGUCAAAAAACUACUACAGAAAUUAUAAGGUUCGGGGUAGCAAAAUAGGAAAAUAUACCAUUGCAGUUUGGAAAAAUUCUCUACGAAA